CACCUUUGGCACCUUAACCUAGGUAUGUACACUUACAUGUGUAGGUCCAUACCUACCUAACCUAGGUACUUAGACUCCUCAUCAACUUGCCCUGCAUCAUACCUAGAUAUCAACAAGGUCGGAGCUGUGUAAACGGCGUGAAUACAUAAUCAUCCUAUAGACUCAUCUUUCCAUCUGACUUCUACCAACUCAAAAUUCAGCAAGUUUCGCAUUCUGUUCUGUUCUGCUCUUCUCUUCUGCUUCCCCUGCUUCCCCUUUCCUGCCUACCUUCUUAUCCAAGUACAGCUCUCGCUACCACAGCCACCAUGGCACAAGCGAAUCUCAUUGAGGGUCAAUCAGGCUUGCCAGUAGAUAACCCUACCAACUCUUAUUGGCACAAGGAGCCUUCGAAGAAGUUGCUAGGCCACCGAACAACCGACGAGCUGCCCCGCUCAGCCGAUGUUGUCAUUGUUGGGAGUGGUCUCACCGGGAGCUUUGCCGCUCACUUCUUAAAGGAGAAGCGGCCUGACCUUCAUAUUGUGAUGCUCGAGGCCAGGGAGGCAUGCUGGGGAGCGACUGGAAGAAACGGCGGCCACUGCCAACCCGCCAUCUACGCCGCCGCCGCGCCUCACAUCGCCUCCUUCGAGCUGCGCAACUUCUUCUUCCUUAAGAGCCUGGUCGAGGAGUUCUCCAUCCCAUGCGACUGGCGCUCGACCACCGGCGUCCAUGCCUUCUACUCGGCGGAGCUCUUCGCCAUCGCGCGCCACAUCGUCGACGAGCUCAGCGACAAGUACCCGGAUCUGGCCGCCAACGUUGCCCUCGUGACCAAGGACGAGAAGGGCGAGGGCGAGCUCGGCGGCACCCCGGCGUACCUGCUCGAGGACGAGCGCCGGGAGCUCACGCUCGAUGGCCUCCGUGUCCCGCACGCCGAGGGCGCCAUCGUGCAGUGGAACGCCGCGAGCCUGUGGCCGUACAAGCUCGUCGCCUUCGUGCUAGAGCGUCUCCUCGCCACCAACGACGAAACAACAGCAGCAUCCUCCUCCGGCUCCUUCAACCUGCAGACCAAAACCCCCGUGACCGGCCUCUCCCAAGCCACCACCACCACCACAUCCCCCUCCUCCCCCUCCUCCCCCCCAACGACCACAUCCAUAUGGACCGUGCACACCCCGCGCGGCACCGUCGUCGCCCCCAAGGUCCUCCUCGCCACCAACGGCUACACCUCGCACCUGCUCCCGCAAUUCGCCGACCUCCUCGUGCCGACGCGCGGCCAAGUAUCCUCCCUCAAACCGCCCUUCGAGCCCCCGACACCCGAGGACCCUCCCCUGGACAUUGGACACACGUACUACAUCAAUGGCGAGCCCACGGCGGCCUUCUCCCGCGACGACUACCUGAUCCAGCGGCCGCCUCCCGCCGCGGAGCUCGUCUUCGGCGGUGGGCGGCAGCACGCGCGGGGCCGUGGCAUCGGCGUCUGGGACGAUGCUUCGGUCGACGAACCGGUGUCCUGGUACCUCCGGGGCGAGCUGUCGAACGCAGUGGAUUUGUCGGUGCACCACCACCAACCCCCGCAUCACCCUAGCCACCCCCACCAUCAUCACCAUCAUCAUCACUCUCAUCAUCACCACCAUUCUCAUCACCAUCACCAUAAUACAAGCACAACCACAAAAUCGGAGGAAACCAAAAAAGUAGAGGAAAGUACAAAAGAAACGGAAAGAAACAGCAACAACAACAACAACAACAACAAGCAACCACCAGCCCUAAUAAAACAAGACCUCGAGCCCACGCACGAAUGGACAGGAAUAAUGGGCUACACCCGCGACGGCCACCCCUUCGUCGGGCGCGUCCCCGAGUCAGCCGGCGGCGGCCCCAACCCCAACCCCAACCCCGACUCCGGCCUGUGGCUGUGCGCAGGGUACACAGGCCACGGGAUGCCGAACGCGGUGCUGUGCGCCAAGGCCGUCGUCGCGAUGAUGUACAGCAGCAGCAGCAGCAGCAGCGACGACGGGGACGGGGACGACGAGGAAAUCAUCGACCUCCCGCCCGAGUACGAGCUGACCGAGCACCGGCUCGCGGGCGCCCGCGCGCGCGAGACCCUGGCCGCGCUGGAUGCGAGGGGGUCCCUGUACAUGGACUUUGCUGGGAGGGGGGGCGGCGGCGGCGGCGGCGGCAGGGUUGUGUGAUUCGCGUCUUCGUUGGGGUUUGAUUCUGUAUGGAUGAGAAGAGAGGAGAGAGGAGAGUCAAGUUUAAGUAUGAUUUAGGUAGAUACCCAACCUAGAUAUAUAUAUAUAUAUAUAUAUAGAGAGAGAGAGAGAGAGAGAGAGAGAGAGAGAGAGAGAGAGAAAGGGGCAGAAAAGAAGGAUUCGUGAGAAGGGGAACGGGUAGGUAACAAGAAUCAUGGAUGUGUGUGUUUAUGAGAAGACAACUCCCUUCCCUGGCAUAUAGCAACAAGAUGAACAUAAUAGCUACCUAGCACCUAGGUACAUAAUCCAUCACGGCAAAUAGACAAUACACGCAAAGCAACGGCGAGGCUACUC